AACGGUUAGGCGAGAACGCGUGGACGUUAGUCGCUACUUGUACAGCUUUAAGUUAACCGGCUUUUUACAGUUAGGUAACUCUUUAUGUAAGUGUAGAUUUUUAAAGAGCUGCCAAAUUAUUCAAAGGAAUCAUUCUGAUUUUCUGGAUAACUUUAUAGAUUUUCUCUCAUUUGCAAAUCUUCGAAACGUAGGUAAAGCGCAUUAGGCCUAACAAGCUUUCAAAAAAUAUUAUCAAUACUAUAAAUCUCAUUUUUGAUCGUCUGUCACUACCAAAACUGUGCACCAACUUCUGAUAUAAACAUCUGAAAACAUGGCUGAUCAGACUGCUAUUGACUUAAGUAGUGACCCUGAGUUAAGAUACUUAGUAGUGGAUCGAAACAUCGGCGUCAGUGACCCUGCUGCUCAAGCCCAGUGGGCAGCCAAGAAGCUGUUAUGGGUGCCCCACGAAGUUCAUGGGUUUGUAGCGGCCAGUAUCAUGGAGGACCGCGGUGAAGAAUUAGAAGUAGAAAUUGUAGAAACGAAUAAAAGAUUUGUAGUGAGCAAAGACGAUGUCCAAAGAAUGAAUCCGCCAAAAUUUAAUAAAGUUGAGGAUAUGGCCGAACUUACUUGUUUGAACGAAGCUUCCGUCUUACAUAACUUAAAGGAUCGAUAUUUUUCCGGAUUAAUUUAUACUUACUCAGGGCUGUUCUGUGUUGUCAUCAACCCUUACAAGAGGCUACCCAUUUAUACAAAGAAAGUCAUCGAACUGUACAAAGGGAAGAAACGCCACGAGGUCCCGCCUCACAUCUUCGCAGUCACAGACGCAUCCUACAGGAAUAUGUUACAAGAUAGAGAAGAUCAGUCCAUUCUUUGCACAGGAGAAUCUGGAGCAGGAAAAACAGAGAAUACAAAGAAAGUAAUCCAGUACUUAGCAUAUGUUGCCUCUUCCAAACCAAGAGUUAGUACAUCAUCAGGACUUUCACAACCAGAAACCAGUCUGAUAGGAGAACUAGAGCAACAGCUAUUGCAAGCUAACCCUAUCCUAGAAGCUUUUGGAAAUGCCAAAACUGUGAAAAAUGACAAUUCUUCUAGAUUUGGAAAGUUCGUCCGUAUCAAUUUUGAUGCCUCGGGGUUCAUUGCUGGUGCCAAUAUUGAAACAUAUUUAUUGGAAAAAUCACGUGCCAUUCGCCAGGCCAGUAAUGAGCGUUCUUUUCACAUUUUCUACCAACUUGUGAAUGGAGCUGCACCAGAAGAACAAAAAGAGUUUCUCCUUGAGGAUCUUAAGAACUACACCUUUUUAACACAUGGUAAUGUGCCUGUCACUGGUGUUGAUGACUUACAAGAGUUCAAAAAUACUGUUAAGGCUAUGGACAUCAUGGGAUUUACUUCAGAUGAUGUCAGUGGUAUAUUUCGAUUGGUAUCUGCAGUGAUAUUGUUUGGUAACAUGAAAUUUAAUCAAGAAAGAAACUCUGAUCAGGCCACUCUACCAGAGAACACUGUUGCUCAGAAGAUAAGUCACUUGCUUGGUCUCAGUGUUACAGAGAUGACCAAAGCUUUUCUGAAACCUCGUCUCAAAGUUGGUAGAGAUUAUGUCACCAGAGCUCAGACAAAAGAACAGGUGGAAUUUGCUGUAGAAGCCAUUGCCAAAGCUUGCUACAAACGUAUGUUUCACUGGCUAGUUCAUCGUAUAAAUCGUUCCUUAGAUAGAACAAAACGGCAAGGAGCAUCUUUCAUUGGAAUUCUAGAUAUUGCUGGAUUCGAAAUAUUUGAGCUAAACUCUUUCGAGCAACUAUGUAUCAACUUCACCAAUGAGAAACUGCAGCAGUUGUUUAAUCACACCAUGUUUAUUUUGGAACAAGAAGAAUACCAGAAGGAAGGCAUACAGUGGAAGUUCAUUGACUUUGGUUUAGAUCUUCAGCCUACUAUUGACCUCAUUGAGAAGCCAAUGGGAAUACUUGCUCUUUUGGAUGAAGAGUGCCUAUUUCCUAAAGCAACAGACAAAACCCUUGUGGAGAAGAUGAUUCUCACACAUAGUGAACACCCCAAGUUCAUGAAGUCUGACUUCAGGGAGUCAUCUGAUUUCAGUAUUUUUCAUUAUGCUGGAAAGGUGGACUACCUUGCUAAUCAGUGGCUAAUGAAGAACAUGGACCCCUUGAAUGAGAAUGUUGUCUCAUUACUACAAAGUUCUCAAGACUCAUUCAUCACUCAAAUUUGGAAAGAUGCUGAAAUUGUUGGAAUGGGGGCUACUACAAUGUGUGACACAGUGUUUGGAGCACGAACGAGGAAGGGGAUGUUUCGAACAGUUGCCCAGCUUUACAAAGACCAACUGUCUAAACUUAUGGUGACUCUGAGAAAUACUAACCCUAAUUUUGUUCGUUGCAUCAUUCCUAAUCAUGACAAAAAACCUGGGAAGAUAGAUUCUCUCUUAGUUCUGGAUCAGUUACGAUGCAAUGGAGUACUUGAAGGAAUCAGAAUCUGUCGCCAGGGCUUUCCUAAUAGAAUCCCCUUCCAAGAAUUUCGUCAAAGGUAUGAAUUGCUGACACCAAAUGUUAUUCCAAAAGGUUUUAUGGAUGGUAAACUUGCUUGUGAAAAAAUGAUACAUGCACUUGACCUUGACCCUAAUCUUUAUAGGAUUGGUCAGGGUAAGGUUUUCUUCAGAGCAGGUGUACUGGCACAUUUGGAGGAAGAACGUGACAUGAAGAUAUCUGACCUCCUAAUCCAGUUUCAAUCUUUUUGUCGUGGAUAUGUAGCUCGAAGAAACUAUCAGAGACGGCUCCAACAACUCAAUGCUGUGAGGAUUUUACAGAGAAACUGUGCUUCAUACUUGAAGCUAAGAGAUUGGCCCUGGUGGAGAUUGUACACAAAGGUCAAGCCUCUCCUACAAGUUACUAAACAAGAAGAAAAGUUAAAUGCAAAGGAAGAAGAACUCAGAGACAUAAAAGAAAAAAUGGAAAAAGCAGAGCAGCAAGCUACAGAGCUUGAUAAAAGGUUCCAACAACUGAUAGUGGAAAAGAACACGCUGACAGAACAACUACAGGCAGAAACAGAGCUGUGUGCUGAGGCUGAAGAGAGUCGUCUUCGUCUCCUGGAAAGAAAGCAAGAGUUGGAAGAAAUCCUGCAUGAUCUGGAAACACGUAUUGAAGAAGAAGAAAGUAGAAGCUUAAAUCUGUCAUCAGAGAGAAAGAAAAUGCAACAAACAAUUCAAGAUUUGGAAGAACAGUUAGAAGAAGAGGAAGGUGCACGCCAGAAGCUCCAGUUGGAGAAAGCUAGCCUUGAUAAUAAAUUUAAAAAACUCGAAGAAGAUUAUGCUGUUAUGGAAGACACUAACCAAAAGCUUGUCAAGGAAAAGAAAAUUCUUGAGGAGCAUCAGGCAGACUUGGCUCAAAUUUUAGCUGAGGAGGAAGAGAAAUCUAAACACUUAGGAAAGCUGAAGGCCAAGUAUGAAUCCAACAUCUCUGAACUAGAAGAACGUCUUCAUAAAGAACAGCAUGUCAGGCAAGAGAUGGAACGAGUGAAACGAAGAUUAGAAACAGAGCUAAAUGAUGUCAAAGAGCAGUUGAAUGAAAAAAAAAUUGAAGUUGAAGAAAUACAAAAUCAACUUGUCAAGAAAGAGGAAGAGUUGAACCAAUCACUUGUCAGGUGUGAUGAGGAAGCUGCAGCCAAGGCUCAAGCUCAGAAGGCCCUUCGUGAGAUAGAGAAUCAGUUGACAGAAUUGCAGGAAGAUCUUGAUGCUGAGAAGGUAGCAAGGACAAAGGCAGAAAGAGAGAAGAGAGAUCUAAAUGAGGAACUAGAAGCUUUGAAAAAUGAACUGUUAGACUCCCUUGAUACCACUGCUGCUCAGCAGGACCUACGAACAAAAAGGGAACAAGAGGUAGUAAUGCUGAAAAAAACUAUUGAGGAAGAAGCUUCUGCUCAUGCCAGCCAAAUUACUGAACUUCGGCAAAAGCACAUCCAAGCUAUUCAGGAACUUAAUAAUCAGUUGGAGGCAGCAAGAAAGGCUAAAGCAGGUCUUGAAAAAAUUAAAGCUAAUUUAGAAGGGGAGAACUCGAACAUUACCAGUGAGUUAAAAACAUUAGCAGCAGCACGACAGGAAUCUGAAAGAAAAAAGAAACAGUUGGAAAACAAUGUGCAAGAAAUGGCAGUGAAAGUGACAGAUUUGGAACAAAACAAAGCUGAGAUUAUUGAGCGUGUUCAAAAACUCCAAGCUGAGCUUGAAGCUGUUAAUUGUCAGUUAGAAGAGACUGAGACUCGAGCUAAUCAAGCAACCAAAUAUACCAGCACCCUUGAAAGUCAACUUUCUGAAACACAGGAAAUUCUUCAAGAAGAAACCAAACUGAAGCUAGCCCUGAGCUCUAAGCUUAGACAGUUGGAAAAUGAUUAUGAAAAUUUGCAAGAGCAGUUGGAGACUGAAGAAGAAGCAAAAAGAAACUUAGAAAAACAGUUAUCAAAUUUAACCACCCAAGUUCAUGAGUUAAAGAAAAAAGUUGAUGAAAGUGAUGAACAAACUAAUGCUUUAGAAGACCAGAAAAAAAAAUUGAUGAGAGAUCUAGAGUCCAUGCAGCAUCAGUUAGAAGAGGUUCAAGCCUUCAAUGACAAGUUGGAGAAAUCCAAGAAAAAUCUCCAAUCAGAGUUAGAAGACUUGAAUGUUGAAUUAGAGGGCUACAGGGGGAAGGUUGUCGAACUGGAGAAGAAACAACGCAAGUUUGAUCAAAUGCUUGCUGAGGAGAAGACUACAUCAGAAAGAAUUAAUCAGGAGAAAGAUAAUGCUGAACGAGAAGUGAGAGAAAAGGAAACUAAGAUUUUGUCUCUAACUAGGGAUUUGGAUGAUAAAAAUGAUCAACUGGAGGAAUUAGAACGAGUUCGUCGUGCCCUUCAGUCAGAACUGGAUGAGCUGGUCAACACUCAAGGAACAGCAGACAAAAAUGUGCAUGAACUUGAACGGGCCAAGAAAACUUUAGAAUGUCAGUUAGAUGAACAGAAGACACAAAUUGAAGAACUAGAAGAUGAAUUACAAUUGACAGAGGAUGCCAAGUUGCGGCUAGAAGUCAACAUGCAAGCACUAAAGUCUCAGUUUGAACGAGAACUUCAGACAAAGGAAGAACAAGCAGAAGAAAAGAAACGAGCACUUGUUAAACAGGUCCGUGACCUGGAGACAGAAUUGGAAGAUGAAAGAAAGCAACGAACAGCUGCAGUAUGUGCCAGGAAGAAGAUUGAAGGAGAUUUUACAGAUUUAGAACAACAGCUAGAAAUGGCAACAAAAGCAAAAGAAGAUGCACUUCGACAACUCAAGAAACUCCAGGCUCAAGUGAAAGAUUAUCAAAAAGAAUAUGAAGAGGCAAGAAGCUCUCGAGAGGAACUUAUUGCACAAUCAAAGGAUACAGAAAAAAAGUUAAAAGUAAUGGAAGCAGAAAUGAUUCAACUUAAGGAAGAUUUUUCUAACUCUGAACGAGCCCGUCGUUUGGCAGAGACUGAUAGAAAUGAAUUGCAAGAAGAAGUAAACAGUAAUGCAUCAAAGGGAUCACUUCUCCAGGAUGAAAAACGACGCUUGGAAGCCAGAAUCCAGCAGUUAGAAGAAGAGCUAGAAGAAGAACAAAACAAUUCAGAAAUAAUGACGGAUAAGACAAGAAAAGCUCAGGCACAAAUUGAACAGUUAACAACAGACCUGGCAAGUGAACGAUCUGCAACUCAGAACCUGGAGAAUAGCCGGAUGAUCUUGGAGAGACAGAAUAAAGAAUUACGUGCAAAGUUAGAAGAACUGGAAACAUCUUAUCGUUCUAAGGCUAAAUCAACCAUCUCUGCAUUAGAAUCCAAACUUAGCCAACUAGAGGAGCAAGUUGAAGUAGAGUCCAGGGAAAAACAAGUAGCAACUAAAAAUGCACGCAAGCUAGAAAAGAAAGUAAAAGAAACAUUGUUACAGUUAGAAGAUGAGAGACGCCAUGCUGACCAGUACAAAGAACAAGUAGACAAAGUUAAUAGUCGGGUACAGGCUUUGAAGCGGCAGGUGGAUGAGGCAGAAGAAGAGUGUUCUCGUGAGAAGACUCAACGGCGAAAGGUACAACGGGAGCUCGAAGACAUGAUGGAAUCUAAUGAAACCAUGUCUCGUGAACUGGCUAACUUAAAAAACAAAAUGAGACGAGGAGGGGCAUCAAUCCAACAGUCCUCUCGCUUCUCUGGGACAAAACGAGGAUCUGUAUCUGCUGCGGGAAGUGGGAGUGGAGAUGAGGGGACAGCAAAUUUACUUGAAGACUCAUUGCAUAAUGAAAGUCAAGCCUGAUGUUUAAAGUAUCCAUUUUGUCUAUCACAGAAGUUCCAUUGGCAUAACGUAGCAGACACAAGUCAUGGUACCUCAGGCGCAUGCUUAGCGCCAAUGGAUUUGGUUCACGCGAAUUUUCGACCAUUCGACAGUGCAACUCCAUUAUAGAUAGUUAUGACAGGAAUAACUAACUUGUCAUAGCCCUUUCUGAAGCAGGAUAUUUUCACAGCGUGAUUGUUAAACGUUAUAAAGCUAAAAAAACGCAGGAUUUCGAAAAAGUGAGCCCACAGUGUAAUUCAUAAAAGUGGAUAUACUCGCAUGGCAGAGAGUUUAGGACAGCAACGGACACAGAAACCAAUCUGGGGCAAAGCCCUAAUCUGUAAGUGAAGACUUUGGUUAAUCUUGUGAUCCAAAGAAAACCAUUGCAAUUCAGUUUGGUAUAUCUCUUGACACUGCUAACACUACAAUAGAGUCAAUGAAGUCUUAUAAGUUUGAACCACGACGCAAAAUCCGUGUUUGUUUUAAUUAAAAAGAUACCGGAAAAAGCUGAAAUCGCACCAAUCCCAUUCGACCACAUAUCUUUAAAUCCCUGACACAACUCCAGUGGGACUUUUGUGCUUUUGGUCGGUUUGAAUAUAGUCUUGGAAGCCAUGUACCCAUACAGUGUAGGGUCUAUGGCAAAUUUGUCAACAUAUAGUUUAAGAUUGACCUCAGUGUCCUCUGCACAAGUUUGUUACAAUUACGAAUAUCAACAACUUUAUACAUUCUUCCCUAUAGUUAAAUUAUUCAAAAAUAGUCUAAUUAUUUUAUCAAUUUCGCGUUUUAUGUGUGUUAAGGAAAAACUCUCGUACUAACUUGAAAUUUAAGAAUUUGUUAAUUAAUCUACAAAUGUUUUGAAAAUUCACUUGCAUAACAGAAAAAGCAUUUGUAUGUAAUCCGCUAAAUUCGACUUUUUUUUUUCUAAGGUUUUAUUCAGUAUGUUAAGCCUUGUAUACGAGGCUGAGUAUGUGCGUGUUGUAAAAAUAACAAUCAACCCUAUUAUCCACCUUAAAGAUCCGGACAACAGCCCUUGUAGCAGCGAGAAACCAUUGUUGUGGUUGAUAGUUUAAAAUAAAGGCCAAUUAAACCGAACCUGGAAGUCUCUUAUCUGUCCGUAUUGCACAAUAUAAUAUUCAGGAUGAAAUGCCAGAUACCGAUUUAAAGUGUUGUCUAACGUUUGAGCCAAAAGUUUCACGUACUUUUUCUCAUUUUGAGAAUGUAAUAAUUUACAAAUGAAACUGGAAUAUGAAAAGGAAUUUGUUAUUAAAUUCAGUAGUC